GCUCCGGUAUAAACACUACCAGGCCCAUUCCAGCCGUCCUCGAGACUCUGGCGAUGAACCCUCAUUCGAGUGUUGCCUCCGAAGACGAAUCCGAAGACGCCAACAGCAAGUUUGCAAGUUCUAUUUUGCACAAACAGAACAGCAUGGUCACCAUGAAGCUGCUGCUGAAGGGCACCCACUCGGAUGGAUUAUUGGUGUCGGUAAUGACUCCGAGGCUCGUGGGUCCAUGGUAUGAUAAAUACGUGGAGUAUCUGGUGGAAAUCACGCACCCGGCGUUGAAUAAGAAGUUCAAGGUGUACCGACGAUUCUCAGAUUUCCUGGCGCUGCACGCAAUGAUGGAACGUCGUCUGAGAGAAGGCGCCAUGGGAAUACAGCACAGCAUCGAGAAACUGCACACACUCCACUCACUUAGACCCCAGAAAUACGCCUUCAAAUCGCGCAAUGACCCGGGUCUGCUAGAAGAGCGCAUGGCUAUUUUUAGCAGUUUGUUACACUAUGGUAUCAGCGAACCAUGCCUCAACCCGCUAGUGAUCGAUUUUAUACUGAAAGAACGGCAAAACAUAGCCAACAGGAACAUGGAG